GAAAGGGAGUGAAUGGCGAGGGGUUCGUUUUGCUAAAUUCCGUCAGUUCUUUUCUGUUCGUUUCUGUCGAUGUGAAGUGAUUAAAAGAGAAUCCAUUUUGAGGGGGUUUGUUUUCGUGUCCGUUCAGUAUGCCUCCGUGAUUUAUUUGGUUGUAUCACUGACAGUGACCAGGGUGGAUACUGCACCAGUUUGCCAGCAACCAGUAGCUUCAUAUAAUGGUGCAUAUAUUGCGCCGUGAUGAUUCGCGUUUUGGAGAGAUAAAAACAUUAUAACAGCAGCGAUGAGUCGUUGCAUCCAAUGCACGUUUUCUCGUUUCUUUAGCCAUUCGUGCCAAUAUCACUCCAGAUUGAGUGCUGUCAAUCAUGGGGGCAGACGAUGGAAGCCCUUGACAAAUGGAACAAAGACUUCAUAGCGCUUAGGCUGUUGGAUAAGAAAAUAAACUCCAAACAAAAUGGCAGGACAGGCAUGAUCGUUAAACGUCUCAAUUCAUUCAAAGCACACAAUCGUUUACAUUCCCAGCCCAUCACCCGUUCAGAAUGUGUUACAGGCUCCUGCCCAAACCUGAUCAUGAGUAGGAACGAGCACGCGGACCCCAGGCCUCUCCCAGUGGCACUGACCCCUCAGCUGCCCCCUCGGUCCCACAGACCCCUCUGUCUGUCUGUCUCCUCCGACAGCAAUGGCCGCUUCAAAGCCCUCGAGACCCAGGAGUGGAAGAACAACCUCAAAGCUCAGAUGGAGCAGGCCCACAGUGCAGGUGCCGCCAGCAGCACGGGCUCCCUGGAGAGGGCGUCUCUCUUCUGCGCCUCGGGCUCCACCACUACCUCCAGCUCGGGCUUGUCCAGCCCUGUGGAGACCCUCACCAAGAGCAAGUCGUCCAGCCGCUUCUCACUCUUCUCCCCACCCUGGAACAGCAGCUCCGAGUCCGACUCCAACCCACCUUCGCGCUCCGGUUCCAAGAAGCUACGCAACUACAGCCGGCGAGGGGUGAUGGCAUCUGGCGGCUCUAUUGGCAAGGCGCCCGACGCGCCUGAGGCCAAGCACGGCGGCGGCUGCCCUGAGCACUUCCAGUACUCCGAGCCGGUGAUCUCCAAGGUGACGGACUAUAUCUACGUGGGCAACCUGAACGCGGCAUACAGCGGGCGCACGCUCUGCCGCAACAACAUCGACAGCAUCAUCGACAUGAGCAACCUGCCCGGCGAGGCCAGUCUCAGCCUCAUCCCGUGCACGUGCUCGCGUGGCACCAAGCACAGCUGGUCCCGGCUCAAGGUGGACAUCGGCGAGCUGCCCGAGUCGGCACCGGAGAGCCCCGCGUUCAAGCCGCGCUGCUUCGAGGACAUCAACGAGUGCAUCGACGCCUCCACGGAGAAGCGCAAGCGCGUGCUGGUGCACUGCCGUGACGGAUUCUCCCUGGCGCCCACCUGUAUCAUCCAGUACCUGAUGGUUCGGCAGAACAUGCGGCUCAUCGCCGCCUAUGAGCUGCUGAGGGCCAAGCACCCGCUUAACAUCCGGGAGAGCCACCAGAACGUGCUGGUCAGCCUGGAGAGAGCCCUCCGGCCGGGGGGCAAUAUGGAACCCGAGGGCUUUAAACAAGCCAUCUCUCGGAAGGUUGCCUGGACCUGACCACUCUAACCCACUAUAGGCCCCGGCUAUAUAUAUAUAUAUAUAUAUAUAUAUAUAUAUAUAUAUAUAUAUAUAUAUAUAAUUUUUUUUUUUUUGUUCUAUUCAAAUGAAAUGGUCAAUGAAGAAUUUUGAAGAGGCAGCUUUUUUUAGGUUUAGUCAGCUGGUUAAUAUUGGUUGUCUAUUGGUUGUGAGUUAAUGCUAAAUAUUUCCCCUCCCUCUCUUUCUCUCCCAGUGGUAGUGGCACAGAGCUUGUGAAUUUUGCCUGGUGGCAUACUCAACAUAAGAUGCAGACCUGCUCGCUUUCAGGUUGGAAAAAAAGUUCUCUGUACAGCUGCUAAACCGUUCAUAAAGUACGUUCACCUAAAUUGAAACUGUUAUCAAUGUCUGGACAUUGUGUUUUGUAAAAUUGGGGGUGGGGUGGGGAGGGUUGGGCUAACAGAGGAUCUCAGGAGACCUAGUGAUGUCACCCCAUUGGCUGCCAUAUAAGACGCCAGCGUCCAGCUGACUGAAAUCAGACCACGAGGCUGGCAUCCCAGAGCCCCAUGUGUAGGCCAGCCUGAUGCCAGCUUUUAAAGAACUUCUCUCUGAACACCCGGUGACAGUCAGAGCCACAGGCCUUUGGUACAGAAUGGGGAGUGCCAUGAGUGGUGAACAGUUGUCCUCUAUGAGGAUUAUUUGAUUUUUUUCCCUUUUUUUUUGCGUUGGCCCUGUUGAAAAUGUGAGCUGUUGUGUAUGUGGUGAAACUGGAAGUGGCCAAAAAGUGGUAUCUAUUUACUGACUGCCAGUAUUAGUUUUACUAAGUCUAAUUGUGAUGCAGUGGUCUACUGUUAGGCACGGUUAUUCAUUGCACUACUUACAAGGUACUUGCGCACAGGUGAUGGUUGAUGUUUUGGUACAAUGGUAGGACAUAUUUGGCCACAUACAGCAAAGAUAUAGGCCAUAGGCUCCUUGUUUUCUUUUAGGUGCUGUAGAUUAAUAUCGCUCUAAUAGCUGUACUGAACACCAUUAGUGAUUGCAAUAUUGUUCUCCCCCAUCAUGCUGUCACUCACUGGACACUUUAAUAGUAAUGGUGUUGCUCUUGCUUGUCAACAGUGGUGUUCUAUUUUGUUACUCUGUGACCAAUGUAAUGGAAAUGGAUGCUCAAAGUUUGGUGCCUUUGCUUGAAGUUUUCUCGAGUCAGCAUUACUACACUGACACAAUCUGGAUGCAGCGGUUGAGCAUUAACAAUGAGGUUAUUUGAUGCGAGAAUAUUAUCUAUAAGUGCUAUUGAUGUGCUGUGUGGCAUAUGUACCUCUUCUGGCAUAUGACAAAAUACAGUUUGAUAUUAGUACUUGCUCGUCAUAUGUGAAUGUUUUGUUUUCAGUGAUCAUGCUGUGAGCAGUGGCAGUAUAUUUUGUAAGUGAUGGUGACAAGUGUGCGUCAAUCUAUGCUAAUAACCUACAUUUCUCUGUAAACAUGUUUGACAUGUAUGCCAUCGGAGGCACUCCAGCGAUCUCUUGUUCUGGGCAUUACAGAAAGGUCAGGCUUCGAAUCAGGUAAAUUUGCCACCAAAAUUCCAAAGUGGUCAGCUUUGGCUGUCCUUAUGCCUGGUUAGAUUGUGGUGUUAAGUUUUUUUUUUUUUAUAUUGUUUUCUCCUUCUUCCUUGAAAGAGUGAUGUGCUCUCUGACUUUUAGGUCUAACAACUUGAUCUCUCAGGUGAACUUUAUUGGCCUAGAAUGUUCUCAAUGAAUUUCAAACCAGAAUAUGUGAUAAUGUAUUUUCUGUAUCAUGUUUUUAGUCAUAUGCAUUUCUAUGUAGAUAUUAAAGACCAAGUUUAAGCCAGCA